AUGAAGUUUUCCACCAACUUGGUUGCCGUGCCAUUCCAAGUGGUGACUCUUGCUUUCCUUAUUAUAGCAACUAUUACUUCUCCUGUUGUGCCCUCUCUUUCUUUGGCCAAUGAUGGUACCUAUAAGUAUGGUACCUUUGGUUACUGUCCUGUCGAUGCUACUAAACGGUCUCAAUGUUCGAGUGUCUCCACAAAUUACAAACCUUCCAGUCUUUACAAGUCUUCCAAUUCGGAUGCUCCUUCUUGGUCGAUGAGUUCUACUAUUAGAGACAAGCUCUCUCAAAUUAUGAUAGUUGCUCCUAUUGCUGCUGGCCUUACUCUUAUUGCAGUCGUCCUAAAUUUUGUUGGCAUUCUUUCUAAAAAUGCUGCUUUGGCCUCUGCUUAUUGGAUCAUUACUAUUUUUAUAGCCGUGAUCGCCUUUUUAGCCUCUGCUCUUGUCUGCAUCAUAUCUUUCUUACUUUUCUACCCUCACGUUCAAUGGGCUUGUUGGUUGCUUAUUCCGGCUACAAUUCUCAACCUCAUAUCCCUUGUUUUAAUAGGUUUUGCUAGCAAGUUCCUUCCUGCCGCUUAUCUACGUGAUGAGGACAAUGGCGAUGAUGCUAACAACGACUUUGGCUGGGGCUCUGCCGAUGUUUCCUCCUUCGACGAGGAAAGAAAGUUGGAACUUGGUGACGCUCCUUCAAACAACUUUAAGGUGAAUACGGGAAGUGGCUUCAAUGUGGUUUCAUCUCCCGCAAUGGCACCUCUUUCCGCGACUCCAGGUCUAGAUAGUGCCGCUACGGGUGCUGGCAUUGGCGCGGGUACUGGUGUUGGCGCGGGUAUGGCAAAACCAAACUACGCCUAUCCUGUCCCUGGUAGCUAUCCCAAUUCUGCUGCAGGAGAUAACCUCAGUUUUGUUCCUCCCCAACCUUACGAUACGUCUCGAACUAGAACUAUGGCUUCCUCUGUUGGUCCUUCUUCUAUUGCAGACGAUAAAAACCCUUCUGCUUCCCAACGUGAUUUCACUUAUAUGGACGAAAACCUAGCAAGCAGUACCAGUGUUCCAAAGUUGAGCCAAACGUCUUACUAUACUGCAGAUGACAGUACCAAAGCUAACAUGGCAGGAUCGGAUCAACCGGGAUUGAAGCUUCCAGAUGUUUAUCUUGACGACGAGGAGGGAGAACAAACAGAAAAUAGUGACAUACCUGUUGGUAACAACGAUAAUAGAAUGGAUCAGGGUGAGAUUUAUAACCCAGAUGGAGACUCGGGAAGCAGCCAGUCUGCUUUUACGAGUGUGUCUCAACGGGGCGUCAACCCAAAUUACUAUAGAGGAGCUCAGCAGAAAGUCAAUUUGCCUGAACAACAGUAUCCAAUGAGUACUCCCUACUAUCCUUCAACGUUGUCUCCUCAACCUUCACAAUCGUUCAACGGCUACCAACAAUUGCAAACUGCACCAAUGGCGCCAAUGCCUCCAAUGCACCAGUAUGAUACUUCAAACCCCUAUGCGGCGCCACAACAGCCCCCAAUUCAAAGAUCUCGUUCCGAUAUGAUUCUCAACAACAGUCCGGACCUUCUGCUGGGAAGUAACAUGAACAAAGCUGGAGUGAGGAAGUACGGAAUUACGCAGAUGAGUCAGCAGCGGUUUGCACAAUCUCAACCUCAUGUGGGAAACAACUUUAAGAGACGCCAGCAACAGCAACAGAACUUUCCUACUCCUUCGUCGCUGGGAGACGGUCCUUACGGUAGAAUAUAA